AUGGAGAAAGUGAUCAAUCUGAUUCCGAUCGAAGCUACUUAUGAGACCUUCGCUGACUUUGGUCAAAUCAUCGAACCCUCUCGUGAUUGUGAUCAUUUCGGUCCCAACGACGCUCAGCUAUAUAUUAUGCCGCUACAAGAUACAUCCUUUGGAUUUUCAAAGAUCACUCAUCACGCAAACGUGACACAGUGCAUAGGAUCAAUAGGAGCUCGUGUUUGGUAUCUCGGAGUGUCUAAGCCAUCUCUUAUUGAAGUCGGUGAUGAUGAUACAAGGAGAGUAGUAGGUACAAGUACAACAGUUGUAGAAUCAAAGUAUGGUCACUUGUUCGCUCCUCCUCCUGUUGAAGAGGUGCGCGUCUUCAGGGUCUCAGGAACUAAGUUUGUUAAAUACAACCGUGUUACUUGGCAUGUUGGACCGCUCUUCAGUGACACCUCCAUGGACUUCUACAACCUUGAGCUCAGCGACACUGAUGUGGUGGAUGAGAGGACAUAUGAUUUCAGGAAGAACAAUGGAGUCAUCUUCCGAUUUGAAGAACUCAAAGAGGAGGAGACAUCAUCGUCCUAGCUCAAAACCUAUUGAACCAAUUGAAUCGGAGACCACCAGUUCAACCUUUGUCAUGUUUAUUUUGUUUCAAGUUAAAAAAAUAAGAAGAGAAUUGGUCUUCCAAAUGUUAAGGAACCACCUCUUCCACUUUCACAUUUCCAAGUUCCUUUUCGUGGAGAAGCUAUGGCUCCAUCUCUGUUUCUGUUUGUCUAUGUAAAUGAAAUGUAAAAAAAAUAAGCCCAAAUCUUAGGCGAAUCUCAGUCAAUGUGUUCACU